GGGCAAAUUUGCAGUUCAAUCUUUCUCUCUCUAUCGCGAAAUUAGUUCUGCUUGAUAUCUAAACUAAAUUCAGUAAAAAAGGUUCCUCUAUAUUUCAUUUUUCGUUCGUGUUGUUGGCGGGAUAACUUAUUUCUAAUACUGUAUUAGUAAUUGCGCCUGGAGAAGGUAGUGACAGUAGAGUAAAAGAAUUGCUAACUAUAUUUUUAAUGUGGUUGCUAUAAGUUUCCCUGUUUUAUGCGGGUCUAUCGCAUAACAGUGCACCGGGAGAAAAAAAAGCUGGAAUAAAUGUCGAAAAACUGUUCAUACUGCGAGAAAACAAAUGUGCAGUUAAAUAUAGAUUUUCCCUUCGUGGGUUACUCAGCGGUGAAUGUGCAAAAGGUGGAAAAAAUCAAUCGAUCUUUAUUUCAUCAAUGUGACGUAUUAGAGUUUACUGAAAUUUAAUUAAACCUGGGUUAUAAUGAAUCCCAAGAGAAUACAACUGCAGAUCGUUCUAAAACGGAUAGCAUAACAUUUUUAUAGAUUAACCCAGAAGCUCAUUAGUUGUGGGAGGACAAACGUCUUGCAUUUGUGCGGUGCAUACGGAAAUAGAAAGUUCUGUUAUAGUACUAACACACCUAAAUUCCAAUAUGCUGUAAGAAAAUCGUAGAAAAUUCAUCGAAUGUUACAAUGGCUCAGAUUAGAAAAUGUCCUAUUGACGAUCAAAAAAUAUUUUCAAACCUAUGUUUCAACAUCAAAAUUGAAAAAGGCUGCAUGCACAAUUAACUUUGAAUUUUUCGCAAGCGGGCACGAAAAACGGUAUCGCAUGCGUUAACGCGCAAACUCGUGGCACGAAACCUAUUAAUGAAAAACACGCCACUAACAACAAAUUUGUUGAAUGAAUAUUUCACGGAGAUCAGAACCUGGUUCAACUAACGUUCUUCAUCUGUUGCACAUGCUUCCUAUUCUACUCGCUAAACAAUUCUACAGUCGCAGCAGUGUAGUUGUAAGAGACCGCGAAACACGAAGAAGAGACCAACUUAUAUUGGUAUCCCCGAUACAAACAGAGAAACGAAAAAACUGCUUACAAAGAAGUAUCGUAUAUAUCGAGAUUGUCUACAAGAGCCUACAUCUUGAACUCGGAGAGUUAGAAUAUCUGCAGUCAUCGAAGCAGCUUUGAGGAACACAGAACAGAGAAGAGUGCUGCACCACGUGCCCGAGACAAUAAAGUGAAACUACCUUUAUGUGGGUUUUUUUUGUGCGGGAAAGUAGCUGUCAAACGCCAUGUUUGUGGCAUGCACCUCAAGGGUUACUUAAAACUAGGAAGAAAGCGGAAUUUGGCACCAGUUUCUGUCGUGUAAUAUUGCCAGCAGUUGGUUCCGGUUUGUCUUGCGCCAGCCAAUGAUGUUAAUUGAGUAGGGCUUGAGCAAUCCAAAUGAGCCGCAGUCGUGCAGAUUUAGUGUGUUUAACUGGUUAUAAGUGAAAGUGAAAUGCCUGUUGAGUGGCGGUGAAGUCGUUUUGUUUUUAAGUAUUAAAGUGGCAGAAUUUUGUUAAAGAAGAAAACGACAACAAAGAAAUUAUGUUUCUGGAAAUGAUGUCAGUAGUCGCAGCCGCGGUAAUGCUGCUCGGUUACGUUAUAUUCGUUCGGAAAAGAAUGCAGAAAAAGAGUGACGCAUUCAACCGAAACGAAAAGAAUGACGACCGAAAGCAGCAUAAACUUGGCUCACAAAUGGCGGAAGGUGAUUCGAUCGCAGCAGCUGCUUCCGGUUCUACAACGAACAAGACCGGUAGGAAAGCUGCAGCUUCAUCGACCACUGCAGCGACUACGAAUUUCAAGAAGCAGCGAACAACUGAAGCCAAUUACCAGCACCCUUGGCUAUACACGACCCUUAAGGGGCACACCCGGCAGGUGCUUGAUGUGGACUUCAGUAGAAACGGGAAAUAUCUGGCGACAUGUGCGGAAGAUUCGCCUUCAGCACAGUCGAGCGGCAACGAUCAUUUAAUUAAUAGUAGUAUUAAUAAAAAUGAUGAACAAAAUGCUAGCACACGUUCGCUAUCGCCAGCGUUGUCAUCAUCAUCGUCGUCGUCUUCAACCUUCAACGGUGUUAGCGAUGGUAAAAUGACCAACGUUGUUACUAGCAGUUGUUCAGGUAGUGGCGAUGGCGACAAUAGUAGUACCACCAGUGGCAGCACCGGCUGCAGCAGUAGUGGUAGUACCCAUGGCGAAGACUCCCCGAAUGUCCACGGUACUAACAAAAAACAACGAAAAUAUACGAAGAAGAAACAGUACAAGAAAUAUGCUAGUAAUGGUAAUUGCAACAGUGACAACGGCAAAAAUCAAAAUUCAUCGUCUAAUUUGCGCCAAACAUCGUCGUCGUCGUCAAUAGCCAGUGACGACGCUGUCAAUGCGUUGCAAGAUGAUCAUAUCACACCAACGAAAUACUACUACAAGUCACCUCCACCAGUAAACGGUUCAUCACAUACAUUAUCCAAUUCUAUUACGAAAGCUUACUUAACCACCAGAAGCCAGCUAGCCAGCAACAACCGGCGCAACACGAUUAGUUCGGCUAACGCAUUGUGGCCAUCAUUACCAACACCGCCGUCGGUUGCGGCAACGGUAACAUCUUCAUUAGCCUCUUCUAUCAAGAACGAUAGUAAACACGCAAGUUACCAAGGUCGCCUGGAUUUCAGCAAUACGGCAGUAGCAAAAGCGGGCCACCGUUUAGACAAAAAACACCACAAAGGAAACACAAAAAGCGGGUACUUGAGUUCAUCCGUGGCUGCCGGUGGCCAAGCAACAACCACAAAUACUUCACCGUUACGUCAGUAUGUGAAGUUGAAUUUGAAUGAGAACGAGCUCGUCAAGUAUCUUCGCAAGUACGUACUCGAUAAGGAUGUGAUGAAACAACUUGGUUUCCCUAUGGAAUACGGGUUGGACUCAAACAAAGCGAUUAUCUACAAAUUUCCGCACGAUUUUUUCCGCCCCUCACAGCUCUAUCCUGCAUCGUCUACUGUAGCAACAGACACUAAUAAAAAAGACCUGACUGAUGUUGCCAAUGAGGACAAAACUGAUGACAACGACAGUGGUCAAGGAAGCGGCACAUCUUCUCCAACGAAUGUAGAUAGCAAAGGUACGCUGCUCAUGUAUCAACUAUCGAACAACUCAACAUCUUUGGAAUCGCCUUUAAGUCCAGAUGUACAACUUCAACCGAGUGAGGAACGGGAAUGCUGUCGUUGCGGAAAGGGAUUUUUCAUCACUCGUGAUGGAGAAUACUUGACACAAGAACAUUGCAUUUAUCACUGGGGACGACUAACACGAGUUUUCAAUGGAGUUGAGUUCAAAAAGAUUUACUCCUGUUGCGCCGGUGAGGUUGACGUAAAAGGUUGCACUGUUAACAAGCUGCAUGUAUGGACGGGCCUAUUAUCCGGUUUCAACGGGCCUUUCGAUGGAUUCGUUAAAACACAACCGUCACCACGUAAACUGAAAAAGUUUGAGAAACUGUUACUCAACAAAUUCUAUUACCAAAAUAUGAAUGGAGAUUGUACUGACAUAAUGCACGAGGACCUACUGCUAGAUGAUGAUGAAAGUGACGGAGUGUAUGCGCUAGAUUGUGAGAUGUCUUACACUGGACGAGGUCUCGAACUUACCAAGGUUACAGUAGUAUCAGCUGACGGCAGUUUGGUUUAUGAGAAGCUGGUCAAGCCAGACAUUGAAAUUGUAGACUACAAUACUCGCUACUCGGGGGUCACUGAGGCAGAUUUCGCAAACUCUUGUAACUACGUAACAAUGAGACAGGUACAAAAAGAACUGCUACAAUUCAUCUACGAUGAUACGAUCCUUAUUGGGCACGCGAUUGAGAAUGAUCUGAAAGUAUUAAAAAUCAUACACAAAACUGUGAUUGACACAUCCAUCACGUUUCCGCAUAUGAACGGUUUUCCGUUUCGGCAGUCGCUCAAGUCACUCACCAAAAACAUUUUGAAACGAGACAUUCAAAUUCAAAUGUCUGUAACGAGUGGCUCUGUGCACUCGACAUCACAGCAUCACUUCAAAGCUGAGCUGGUAUGCAAUAACAGCAACAGCAGCGUCAUUAAUAGUAAUAAUAGUAACAAUAGUUGUGACAGUCACAACGGUAGUAGUAACAAUAAUAGUAAUUCUUAUGGCCACUGUUCUCUGGAGGACAGUCGGGCUAGCUUAGAACUUAUGCUUUGGCGUGUACGCAAGGACAAAGUAGCGAACGAUCAUUUAUGGAAUAACAGUAACUGUUAUCGAAUGCAGAAUUGAAGGAUAUAUUGCUGUGAUUAUUUUAUUUAAUAUUUUUUAUCUUUACCUAUGAUUAUACAUCAUAGCCACAGAGAUGUAAGUUACUUAAAAGUGUUGAAUAAACAAUGCUGAAUUAAAUUUGCUUUUUUUCUCGCGUUUCUUCAACUGGGAUUCAGUCUAUUUAAGUCAUCUAUGGUUGCCUUUGUACAUUUGUGUAUUUGGUAACAUUUUACAGUAUUUCAAACUUAGAACAUAUUGCAUAUAUUCUACCCUAUGCAAUUAAAACGAUUUAAAAAAAUAGUUUUCACAGUGAUUGCUUUGGCGUUCUAGAAAAGAAAGCAAACGAAAAAUUAAAUGCAUAAACUAAUGUAUCGAUAAAUUUUGAGCUGGCAUACUGUAAAAGCUAAAUAAAUUAUACCUAAAACAUGAAACGAAUUCCGUCCUUUCUGGCUAACACGACAUAAAUCCCAACCACUAAAUCGUUGCCAAAUUUUACGUUAGUUUUAUUCACACCACUUUCAGUCAAGGUCAUCAUUUGGUUCCUAGCAGUAAAUAUUUAUGGUUCAAACCGCAAUAAUUCAAAUGAACAAGCCGUCGUUUGUUUUGUUUUCAUACAGACGACAAUCAAACACACUCACAUAUGCACAAUAAGUAGUGUGUCUUGAGUUCAAACAAACGUGAAAGACUGUAUUUUUUAUAGUAGUGAUUUUUUUUUAUUGUAAUACCAUUUCACAAAUAAAAUCAUAAACCAAACUCAACAACUACAUUGGCGAAAUCUGUUGGAUGCCCACAAUUGUCUAAAUUUUAUUUAUAAAAAUUGUAAAAAUCUUUCAUAAAGGCGGAAAGCUGGUCUGUCUCUCGGUCAGGAUUUUCUCUACAGUUUGAAAAAUGUAGCUAUCGAUAGCAAUAUUUUUUUGUUUUCGCUUACGGAACAAACUGCGUUAUACCUAAUGUAUUCAUUGUUGAGACUCGCACGAGUUUAAUGCAAGGUUCUGUUUAACGUUAGCCAAUGCUUGUGCAAAACUAAGUAAAUUUUCAAAACUAAUGAAUUUGCUGUUAGUUUGCAUUUGUUUGAUGGCUUUGCUCUUCAAAUUGUAUUUUAAGUAUAUAUGAUAGCAAAGUUAAUCGUGUGGUGACGAUGGCAUACAAAAAAUACUUAAAUGCAGAAUGACUGGUUCAACAGACUUUGCUCUGUCGCCAGUUGAUGUAUUAAUCAGAGUUACUGUGAGUGUAUAGACUCUCGUGCGGACGUUUGUAUAGCAGAGAUGUAGUCAUCAUUACAAGCUGUAUUUAAGAUUUUUGAGAAAAAGAAAACGGAAAAAUCAUUACUCUGUGACAUCGUGGGUGAAUUGUGUUUUUGUACAAAUAAUUAUGAACUAAUCACACAAAUUUUUGAAUAGAAGAACAGUUUGCGGAAGAUUAGGUAAAACAACGCUGAACAUAGUAUAGAUCUAACAAUUAUAAAUUGAUGAAUCUUUGCCACAGCAGUAAAAUAUUGUUAUUUGUAUAGUAUGAAUGGACGAAACAGACUGUGAGUGAAAAUACCGGGGCUUUGUUAUAAUUGACCUCCAACAGGCCUACCGUAGUUGUACCGCGGUAAGUGUUACAAGUGUGCUUGCGUAGUAAUUUUAACGCUGAAUGUAUUUUGGCUGAAAUCAAAGA